CAGAUAGCACAAAAGAAGAUUUAGCAUGCGCUGAAAAGACUCUGUCGCUCUGUCUGUGUGUGUGUGUUAUCGAGGUGCGCCUUUGUGCUCCCUCGAAUGGCUCCUCCUCGGUCGGGAAUAUCAAGGAAAUAAACCAAGUGCGUGGCCAUUUCAGCUCGCAUCACAGACCGGGUCGGGUGUCCAAAACAUACACUGUCUCACUCUCUCUCUCUCUGGCCGAAAAGUUUCCACUACAUUUGACGAGCAUUUCCGAGUAAAAGGAAAGCUAUCCGUUCAGUUAGGCUAUAUGUGAAGUGCGAGUGUGUGACGGACUGUGUGUGUGUGUUUCGUGAGGGGGGAAAUCCGCUUGGGAAGCGGAUUAGUUGCACGACAACUUUACUCUGAUCGAAAGAUGGAAGCGAAUAGACCGGGUGGUGGUGGUGGUCCACCCGAUGCCAAUGGCGAAAAUAAAGCUGCAGCCAAUCGCAAUCGAAACGAAAAAUUGAUCCGAUUAAUCACUGUCAUCGCCUACUUUUGCAGCGUUUCGGGAGCGGCUGUAAUGCUUUCGCUUUAUUACAUUUUCCUCUGGGAUCCGGAUCCUCGUUCCAAUCACGCGGCAUUUCAAGAACCCAAUUCACUCUAUACUCCACCGUCACAUUCCCAAUUACCAAACUCUCUUUCCUCUACCUCCGCCAGCCCCCUUUUACGACAUCUCAUUGGCGACCAUACCACCGUAACUGCAUCGAACAACUUAACAGCGGAAGUGUUUGGCGUCACAUCUAAUGGAACGUGAAAAAUAUCAAUCAAUUAGCGCUGGUCGCCAAUUAACCGGCCAAUACAAUAUUGAUUCCUUCUUCCAUCGCGCAGCUUUCUUUCCUUCAACAGUGAUUGUGCCACAUAUAAAAACAUGAAAAAAAUUGAUCGCUUCUUAUAUUCUAUUUUAUCCUUAAAGUAUUUGACUCUAGCAACGGAGGAGAGACCUUAAAUUAUACUGAUAAUAUAUAUCAAGGCAAAUUUAAUAAACAGAACAAGUGUGACAGCA